AUGCAGACCCCAGAGCCAGUCAGAAUAGAAAGGCUCCAGGGUCCUUCGCCUUUGUGCAAGUUGGGCCUUUGCACAGUGCGCAAGUGCACUUUAUGCAGAAAUACUUUGAGGAACUGGUGCCAACAAUGUAAUUUGAGUGCCCACAGCCAGAAAAUAGACAUUUAUUUGAGGAUCCAGAAACAUGUUUACCCAGAGCAAAAACAUCAAAUUCUCAGAACACCACAAGAUGCCAGAUUGCAUUUGAGGAAAUGGAAGGAAGAGAAGGAGAUGCUUAAGAAAAGUUACAAGAUGAGCAAGGGAGAAGAAGAGACUAAUAUCGUGGAAGUGAUAUUUUCAGCUCAGGAAGCCAUGAUGAUGUCAUGGGUAAGAAUCUCAGCAAGAGCAGUUCAGCCAAAGGCUACGAAUUUAUGUCUUAUUCCUCCUUCAGUUGUGGCCCUUUUGCCACAAGUUUCUGGUGAGUGGUGUGUGGUCCAUGGCAGACUUCUCCAGGCAGACACAAAAAAUUGGGUUCACCUGCAGUUCCAGGCAGGUCCGGCCUGGGUGUCCAACACCCCCAGAAGGAUGAUUUCUCUCUUUCUGUUAUCAACUUGUACUUUCCCAUCCCCAGGCCUAGAAGGUAAUGUGUUAUGCCCUAAAUGUGCUGAGAGGAAUAUGAAGAUGAUGAAAAGAUUAAUCACAAUGAAAAAGACAAAGCAAUGUUCUUUGAACCUUGUAGGAGACAACAAUAUGUCACCCCCAAAUAUGCCAGUCACCCACAUGUCAGCAUGCAGUGAUCCUGAACAGAUCAUAGGCACACGCAGCCCGGUGCCAGGAAGGCCCUCCUGCGGCUGGGGCUCCGCGGAUGGACGAAGUCCUUGCUUAAUCCCUGCUAAGGAUCAUCAAGGUGGCGGCGGCGAAACCAAAGCCAGAGUACUCACGGAAGUCAAGGUUCUUUUUGUUCCAGUUGUCAGAUUCCAAACCAGACCCAAAUGGAUUGCGAGGAUGACUAGAAGAGAACCCUGCUGA